CUUUUUAUGUCUCAAAAUGGCGGAUAGGCCGCUUGGACUGGAGCAGCAGGUACCUUGUCAGCGGAGUUUAUCCUUGUGUCCAGAUGAACAGUAUAGUGCACUUACACUAAUUGAGUCGGCUAGACAUCUGUGUAACUUGUAAGUGUAGCUAACGUAGCUUGGGUUGUUUUUGUACGCAUGUUCAAAGUGGAGGCUAUGAAGGAGCUAACUUUCUGACUGCUAACUUAGCUAACAUUAACUUCAGCUAACUGUAACGAUAACAGGGACAACGUUAAGCUACCGGCUGAUACCGUCGGUGGGUGCACCAAAAUCAUUCACAGUAAAAUGCAGUGUAGAUUUGGCUGGUGACUGGUCUGCAGGCUCUCUCCACUUUUUCUUGUCCCUGGAGUCAGGCAGUUUUUGAGAGAGGGGGGGCGGAUUCCUGCGUUCCCCUUCUCUAGGUCUGAGUCUUUUUUGUCCCGGGAAAACACAACUGCCCGCCAUUGGAGUACACAGCUCGUCCUUGCCCGUGUUGCUUGGAUCAGCACAGCUCAUCUCCUGACUGAGGAGAGCGCAGCAGCUGCACAAGAUUCACCUUCUACCGUCUGAUCCCUCCGACCCCGCCCACACUGCCCCGUCACCAUGGUGCUGUCACAAAGGCAACGAGACGAACUAAAUCGAGCGAUAGCCGAUUAUCUACGUUCCAAUGGAUAUGAAGAGGCGUAUUCCACUUUCAAGAAGGAGGCGGAAUUAGAUAAUAAUGAAGAAUUGGAUAAGAAGUACGCCGGCCUUUUGGAAAAGAAAUGGACCUCAGUCAUCAGAUUACAAAAGAAGGUGAUGGAACUUGAAUCCAAACUGAAUGAAGCUAAAGAGGAGAUCACCCUGGGCGGGCCCGUAACUCAGAAGCGUGACCCCAAAGAGUGGAUCCCACGCCCACCAGAAAGGUACGCACUGAGUGGCCACCGCAGUCCAGUUACCCGGGUCAUCUUCCACCCAGUCUUCAGCGUCAUGGUGUCAGCUUCCGAGGACGCAACAAUAAAGGUAUGGGACUACGAGACAGGAGACUUUGAACGCACACUGAAGGGCCACACAGAUUCUGUGCAGGACAUCUCUUUUGACCAGACCGGCAAACUGCUAGCAUCCUGCUCUGCAGACAUGACUAUCAAGCUGUGGGAUUUCCAAGGCUUUGAAUGCAUCAGGACCAUGCACGGACAUGAUCACAAUGUUUCGUCUGUAGCCAUCAUGCCCAAUGGAGACCACAUUGUCUCUGCCUCGAGAGACAAAACCAUCAAAAUGUGGGAGGUGGCAACCGGGUACUGUGUGAAGACCUUCACAGGCCACAGGGAGUGGGUCCGUAUGGUGCGGCCCAACCAGGACGGCACACUGAUUGCUAGCUGCUCCAACGACCAAACCGUGCGUGUGUGGGUCGUAGCGUCCAAAGAGUGCAAGGCCGAGCUGCGGGAGCACGAGCAUGUGGUGGAAUGUAUCUCUUGGGCACCAGAGAGCUCACACCCCACCAUCCUAGAAGCCACAGGCUCCGAGUCCAAGAAGAGUGGUAAGCCUGGCCCCUUCCUGCUCUCUGGCUCCAGAGACAAGACCAUCAAGAUGUGGGAUGUUAGCAUUGGCAUGUGCCUUAUGACACUGGUUGGCCAUGACAACUGGGUGCGUGGUAUCCUCUUCCACCCUGGUGGCAAGUUCAUUGUGACCUGUGCAGACGAUAAGACCUUAAGGAUCUGGGACUACAAGAACAAGCGCUGCCAGAAAACCCUGUGUGCCCACGAACACUUCGUUACCUCUCUGGAUUUCCACAAGGCUGCACCCUACGUGGUCACUGGGAGUGUAGAUCAAACAGUAAAAGUGUGGGAGUGCCGCUGAUUUGGACCUAGGAGGAUUGGACCAUCACACCAAUUACCCAGGCGCUCCUCUGGAUCCAACCUCCCCUUUCUACCACCCCACCUCCCCUUAUCAUUCCCCCUUCCCCCUCCUCACCUGACCUAAACCUCACCCGCACAUCAUCAUCAUCAUCUCCUCCUCCGGCUGCACUUACCACCAUGGUUAUCUUUCCAUCGCUCUCUCUGGUCCAAUAACUAUUGUCCUUCUAUGUAAAUUAUUCCUGGAUGUAGAUUGAGCUAUUAAUGUUACACAAAAAAGUAUUCUUGCAUGGUAAUCCAAAAUUGUAUACUGUAAAUUUACAUAACGUCUAGAAGUACCAUAGGUUUACCACGGGGCUGGCCGUCUGUCACGCAGCCUUACCGACCAACCGAAGGCAGAUGUUUUUGACUGGGUGUAAAAUGUAGGGCACUAAAAACCGAUAAUUUAAGAAAUGACAGUGUCUUUAUGUGUAAGAUUUAUUUUUGUCUAUUUUUUUAUUUAGGAUUUUGUUUUCUGUUAUUUCUCUCCUUCACUGUCGUAGUCUGUUGGUGCCUAGCUUGGUGAAACGUUUGAGAGAGAAGGUUGGAAAAAGCAUAAAUGAUGCGUUAAGAUGCGAUUGUCUGUGGGGCUUUGUUAUUGAAAUAAUCUGUAGCUUUAUAACAUCACUUCUCAAAUGUGCAUACCAUUUCUCUUCAUGUGGAACUAGGUAAUAUUUUAAUGGCUGUAUAUACGAAUGUUUCAAACUCUUGUCCUUGGACCUCGGGGGCUUAAAAACAGCUUUGUACUCUUGUCAUGGUGGCACAUGAACCGCUGAUAGGCUUUAAGUAAAUGAUCCCAUCUAAUGAAUCUGAUGAGAAGAAGAAUAAAAAGAUUAAUGUUUAAAAGUUGCCUUGUGAAUUAACCGCAUUUUUUCACAAGACGACCCAACCGUAUGGAGCAAGUCUGUUUGACUAUCUCUGUCAGUAAGCGCCCUGGGUCACACUGACAUCUGAGCAGAGUUCAGGGAUUACACCUGUUUAAUCUGGAGCACUUCGUUGUGUCUCCUUUUAGGAGACGAAUCCCUGUAACCUUGCAUGUCAGACUUUCACUGAACCAAAGCACUGCUGUCUACUUCUAGUCCUCUUAUCGAGUCAAUCUUGGCACGGUUUGGUGUGCUAUAGGAAUUAUAUAAAGUCAGAAGAUGCUUCGUUGUCACAUGGCGCCUCUGAAGGUCUCAAAUAAAAGCCUCUGGUGAAUAUAGACCUGCUGAAAAGAAAACCUAAAGGCAGGAUGAGUCAAAGUGAGCCCCCAAGGUUUGAUAUCUGGGAUGUGCAAAGAUAAUUCUGAGGGUAAAAAAUGGUUUUGAAUAGAAAAAUUCAUUUUUCUGUGAAAAUAUGAAAUGUAAAUUAAGGUAGUUAUAAAGAGAUUUGGCAAUUUUGUAUUAUCGCACUAAAGGAUGAACGGGAUGGGAAUUAAGGAAUAGUGAGGAAAAUGCUAGCAGCACAGCAGACAUGCUGAGUGAUCUGUUGAUGGUGUUUUGUCAGUAGAGGGGUCUGAUUCGGGCAGUGGUAGCUCCUGGAUCAGAUAUGAAGGAGAAUGCUGGAAACCUGAGUGGAGAGAAUCUCUACAGACAAACCGCCCUGCAGACCACAUCAUAUGUAUGCAACGUCUUCUGAGUGGGUUUUCUCAAAUGUUCAGCUUUCGAUCUUUGUGGAGGGGUCGUUGUGAAACGGGAAGAUUUGUGCAAAGACUGGAUCUUACUAUAAACCAGUCCAUACUGUAGAAACAACCAUUCCACUCCUUGUGGAGGACAAAAAGAAUGGAACAUCUUGCUCCUAACUGUAGCUGACAAGGUGAUUCAUUAAUCUUGCACAUCCCUCUUUUCACAAAAUCUUUGGUCCUUGAUUGAUGAUCAAAGACAACGUUAAAUUUAAUGCUGUUGAUAAAUGCAUAAACCUAUAAUUUCUAAUUAGCCUUUUCAUUCCAAUGCAGUUCUUGGCUAAUAAAGAAUUCAACUGCUUAACUGAUCUUAUCCUCGCUUCUUUGCCACAUUUUUCCUCUUCCUGUGUGUAUUGGAUGUGGUGAUCUGCUGCUCAAGCUCCUGCUAGUGGCUACUGUGAGCCUAAUGUGACCUGUUAAUGUAGCACUGCUGCAUGUAAACCUGUGCCGGAGGCAGAGCUGUCAGAACAUUAUUACCACAGAAGCUUCAAUAUUGGAGCCCUCCCAUCACGGACCAAUUGGUUUUUCACAAUCAGAUAAGCUAUCUCUGUGUUCUCCAAGUACCCAGACAUGUAGGGAAAUGUGCUUAAUUGGUAUUAUGCUGAGAGAUAGAUGAGAAGAUGUAUACACCUCUCAAACUCAGCUGAAAAUAUGAUGCUACAGCUUAGCUUAGCAUUAAGAUCUGCUCGGAAAGAGCUAGUCUGGCUCUCUACAACAAAGCAAAUCUGCCUUCUUACUCCAAACAGGUUUUGGAGUAAUUAGUAGGUUUUUCUCCUGUUAUAAGAUAAACUCAGAAAAAAACAACAAAAUGCUAUUUUAUGAGGAGGAUUUGGAAGAUUUCUUUGUUUUCUAUUGCUGUUAAGGUCAAAGUGGACUUCUUAAAAGGUGAAAGUAAACAGCUAUUCUGUCAUGAGAACUCACAUCUAGGAUUUAAGGAUUUUCCACGUGGAUUUUUAGCAUUUUACAACUGUAAGUCUUUGUGCUAGGUUCAUUGGCUGCUAGCUGGUGCUGCAAAUUUUUGAGCAAGUACGGCAGCCUUAAGUGGGCAUAUGUUUUAUUGAUGCUGUUUUCCUGUAAUAAUGAGUAUUAUCUGGUUGUUUCUCAAGACCUCAACAUUUCUUUUUUGUUAUCUCAGGAUAACAAAGCUGGAUUUUCCUUUGUGGUGGAUAAUUUAUCUUUCCAUUAUCACAAGAAAACAAGCUUUGUUAUCCCAAUGUAACAAGAAAGAUAUGUUGCGUUGUGGAAACAGCUAAAAUAAACGUGUCAUUUGAAAAAUAGUGAUAUCAAGAUGAUAGAGUCAGAUUUUGAGACAACCAGUUAUCACUCGUCAACACAGGAAAACGGUAAAUAAAUCAGUUGUAUGGAUUCAUGUCCAUUGAGGGCUUCUGUAUACAGUCAUUACAGUCUUUCAACCCUGAUCAACAAUCUAACUCGGUAGCACAAUGAGCAGGCAUUUUUCCAAAAUAUAUGCUACUAUUACACUGCUGUGUCCUCUUUGGGGGGCCAGUUGAGUUCAGACAGCUCUGUUCAAAGGUUGUAGAAAGGCGCAUUUUGUUGUGUGUGAUGCAAUUUGAAGGUGUACACACUCCUUCUGUAAAUGCAACGGGAUUGUGGCAGACUAGGAUGUCCUAAAGGAGAAACCCUUUCCUCCUGGGAAUAAGACUUGUGUCUCCUUUUGCUGUGUGCCCCAUUACCAAGGUCUUUUUUUCUUUUUUUUUCUUCAAGCUGUUAUCUCUGUCCUCACUUUGGGUGGAAAACCACCACAUUUUUGAUACUACAAAUUGGCAUUGAUGAUGAAGAUGCCAAUUUGUUAAGUGUUCUCGCUAAAGCCAAAAAAGGAGACAUUUGUCAGUACAAUCUGGUUUAGCUUGAUGAAUCAGCCUUGUUCUCUAGGUCCAACAUUUUGAAAAUGAUGCUAGUCUCCUCAGGAUCACGCUAUGACAUGCCAGACCGUAAAAUGUAAAUUAAAAACUACUUCCCCUCCUUGGUUUUACUCAAGGAAGGGAGUUAAUCAAAGGUCAGGACGAUGUGUGUUCUGUUUCUUUUGUAAGAAUUGAUGGAAAAAGCUACAACACAGCUGCUUGUGUUGUAUGCAACUGUGUGCCCUGUGGAAGAAAAUCCCCUUUUGCCAUUCGCAGGUCCCAAGCAAUCCCUGUGCAGCACUGGUCAGGUGUGUGAAUGGACUGACUGACAGACAAGUUUUGCCUGUCUGUUGGUUUUUUUCCUCUGGCCUCAAGUCCGCCUGUCUUCUUCUUUACCUGUCCAUGAACCACAUUGGAGGGCUUCAGACUGCACAACAAGCUCCUACAGGAGAGCUUAUGAUGUUUUCGCCACUAUGGUCUCACUCUUCACUCAGCAAACUGUUAACAAUAUACCUGGAUGUCAUUAUUGUUUGCAAUAUAAUAAAAGAGAAAAAUCUG